AUCAUGGCCUCUGCUGCUGUUGAUGAAUUGGCUAUUAACAUCGAUAGUUUGGACUUGGAGGACAAAUUGAAGUGGCUCAAAGAGAUUCUGGAAAAUGGUCGAGAGAGAUUUGGACAACUGGAUGGAAUUGACAAUCUUGCUAAUUUUAUUGAUAAACUUUCAGAAGAAAAAAUAAUAUCUGGCUUCAACAAGAAAAACUUGGACAAGUUGAAGGAACAAUCAGAGAUCGUAGAAGAGCUACACAGGAUACUACCCACUAAAGGAUGGGAUAACUUCAAGAAGGCUCGCGACAUUCUGUACGAGAUAUAUCCACAGUUCAAGGAUGAGGGUAUAUGGGAUGAAAACAAAGUGGACGAUCUACCAGUGCUCUCGAUAAAGUACAGUUCAGUCAUCGAGGAAACACAGGCAGUUGAACACGACGGAGCUGCCGCCACUACUGCUGAUGAUGAGGCUGACGUUGACGGUAUGUUCUCCAGCACUUCUCGUGUCCCUGCACAAUCCAAAUCAGCACCAAUUCAAAGGUCUGAUUUCUCAGCGCUACCAUCCUACAGUAUGACUAACAGAAGACACAAAGGAAUUUGUCUGAUAAUUAAUAACGAGGUCUAUGAUAAAGCCAGAGCAUAUCAUAAAGAUUUCAAAGACAGACGAGGUUCCAGUAAAGAUGCUGAUUCUGUCAAGGAACUGUUUGGUAAGCUCGGCUUUUACGUGGAGUCCCAGAAAAAUCUCACAAAGGCUAAGAUGGACAAGCUGAUCGACAUGAUGGUGAAUUUCCAAGGACUCAACACUUACAGUUGUUUUGUAGCAGUGUUUCUGUCUCAUGGGGAGAAUGAGUGUUUGAACUGUGUAGAUGGUCAGGAUAAAAAGAUAGAUGAUAUCAUAAACGCGUUCAAAGGAGACAACUGCCCAGCAUUAAAUGGCAUACCAAAAUGGUUUAUUAUACAAGCCUGUCGUGGUAAAGAUUUCAACUAUGAGGUGUCAAUACAACACGAUGCCCCCGGUGAUGAAGGACACGACGUAGAGCGACAAUCAGACAAACCAAUCAGCAUCCCGGCCUGCGCUGACUUUUACAUUUCAUACGCAACCGCCCCAGGGUACUUCAGUUAUCGUAACACUCGCACGGGUAGCUGGUUUAUUCAGUGUCUCGUGGAAGUACUUGCCAAGUACAACUGGUGUGAGGAUGUUAACACUAUGAUGACGAGAGUUAAUAGAAAAGUCGCUCUAGGGUUUCACCACAAAAUAGAGGGGGAGUAUGUGCGGCAAAUGCCGUACCACGUCAACAUGUUAACAGGGUCCCUGUUCCUCCAUCCCACGUACACAGCAUAGCCGCCAAGUUACUAUUCAUUCCGUAACAUCAACGAGGGCUCCUGGUUUAUCAACGACCUCUGUAAAGUGCUGAAGAUGUACGCACAGAAAGAGGACGUGAACACCAUGAUGACGCGCGUCAACAGGAACGUGGCGCUGGGACGGGUUGUGGGCUCCGAGUAUGGGCACCGUCGUCAGAUGCCGUGCCAUGUGAACAUGUUAACCAGUGCGCUGUACCUGUGCGGGGUUCGGCAGUCUCAGAUCUAGAGAUCAGUUUCACGUGAUGGCAUUGGAUUGUCACGUGACAUCAUUGGAUUGUCACGUGACGUCAUUAGAAUGUGACGUCAUGUAAGGACUCAUUACCGUGAGUUUGAGGUUGAAACUCUGUGAUAGAAAAGAUCAAUUGGUAUCAGUUUGGCAUGUUUGCAUGGAACUUAAAUAAUAUUGGCGAUGCGAACUCUUUUGGAUAACUUAUAUACAUUUUUAAUGGACUUCCUCUGAGACAAUAAUUCUUGGUGCAAUCAAGAUAAAAUCAUAUUACAUUUUUACCUCUUCAACAUGUUUCUUAAUAUAAUAAGGUUAGGAUACUAGAUUACACUAGUUAUCUACGGAUUUCUUGCUUUAUUUCAUUGUGCACUUGUGCAUGUGGUUUUUAAAUGAUGAUUGUUUACAUUAAUAAUGAAAUGUUCGAGAAAAACAGUUGUUUAAGUUUGUGUUAGUUGUAAUAUUUUUAGUUUUAUUUGAUAACGAAUCUGUUUGACCAGUGGCUAUCAAUUCCGUAUAAUUUAGACUUUUAUAGUGCUUUUGCAAUUCAUCCGCUAGUUAAAGCAGUAAUACAUCGGCACGUUUGAUAAAUACAGUUAAACUGAAUAUGUGAGCGUAAGGAUAUUUAAAUCCUUAGCAUGAUAGUGCCAAUAUAUUUGUAUUGGCACUGAUUUGUUAAAAUAAGAGAAAUGGUAGUACUUUGAUAAUAUGCGAUAUAAGCUGGAGAAAGACGUAAACUUUUCAUCGGCACAAUUUUAUUAAUAUAAGCGGAAUGGUCUUACAUAGAUAAUGGGUUAUCGAAUUUAUUAAAAUGUUGUGUUAUUGACAACCGUUUCAUUAAUUGAACUAAUGUAAAGUUUAUCUCAUAA